CGUUCCCUCGCGCAGUCGGAGAAGGACGACGUCGUCGAGGUGGUCUCGCGGCCGCCGUCGAUGUCGACCCCGCGGAAGCCGCCCGCGCCACCUGGCCCGCCGCCCGUUCAGAGGUACGCGUUGGACGACGGGCGCGACGACGACGCCGAGCGCGGCGGAGGUCGUGGCUACCGCGAGUUCGAUGGGCAGCGGCGGUGUGCCUCCCACUGGGCUUCCGCAAGGGCACGGUUGCCCGCGCGCCCAUCGGCGCUCGCGGGGCCGGGCGAGCCGCGCGCGCUGCGCGGCGGCGGCGGCCAGCCGAGCAAGGGCGACGCGCAAAACGGGGCGGCGGCGUCGCCCGCGGCCCCCGCGCCAGGGAGCCAGGAUGCUGCCCAAGCAUCGGCCCAUCGCGCUGCUCAGAACGCCCCGAG